AUGCCGGAAGUGUCCGCAGAUGUGCUGGCGGCCCGCGCCAAGCUUGCUGAGUGCGGGACGUCAGUCCGCACCGGUGGCAAGGGCACGGCCCGGAGAACGAAGCUCUCCAAGCACGUGAACAACGGCGCCGACGACAAGCAGCUACAAGCGCAGCUGAAGCGUUUAGGUGUGAACAACAUCCCAGGAAUUGAGGAGGUGAACAUGUUCAAAGAGGACGGCGAGGUGUUACACUUCGCCUCCCCCAAAGUGCAAGCCUCCGUGGGUGCAAACACCUAUGUCAUUAGCGGGCACGCAGAAAACAAGAAGCUGGAGGACGAAUUGAAGACAUCAAGAAAUGACCUCCAGAGACGUUUUGGAUUGGUGGAUGAGUGCCCCACUGCGACUGCUUCCUAUGACGAAGUCCCAUUCUCCAUCAUUCUCCUGCGCCUCGGCGCGAACAAGGCCAAGUCAAGUCGAAAGCCGGCUCAAGUCGAGGCAGCGGUUUUGACGCCCGUUUUUUGGGCGGGCGCCGGGACCUCGCUGCGUGAGGGGGAGAUGUUGAAACGAGCCGCGGCGGCGAGCUGCGAAGCGCCCAACCGGGCCAUGAAGAGGAGAAUCCGACAGAGGCUUCACAAAAAGCUGGGCCUCAUGGUGUCAGGGAACGAUUUUGACAAGGCCAUUGAGCGCUUUCAUCUCUUGGAGGCCUCCAAAGAAGGUCAAGUGUGUCAAGUGCAGGACGAUGGGGACGAUGGGCGCUUCGCUUGGGAGGGUGCCUGGCCUCUGUGUGCCGUCCAGGAUGUGAAACCAUUGGAGGAGAAGGCGAUUGUCCGAGUAGAAGGCAUGGAGUCCUUCACCCACUGUGAUGUG